AAUGGCCACAAGGUACAUUUCCAUCAAAUACACUUGAAGUGCAAAUCCUCCCAGCAGCUCAGGUCACCUGGAUGCGGGCAGAAACACCUGCUGGGGGAGGACACACUACACACUACACACUACACACUACUUCACACAGCACUUUUUUUCUGUAAAGGACCCAUCCAAGCUCGUCCCACCCACACUUGCUCUCAGAGCGCAGCACCAAUAACCGAGCCAGUGUCGACAGGCAUCUCGCUUUUCAGGUACUCUUAUUUUUUUUUUUGAAGUGAAGUCCACUUAUUUUCUUAUCGGAUAUGAUCUGGAGACUCUUGGUCCUCCACGUCCUUCUUCUGGGAGCUGAGAGCAGCGGGGGGAGGACGGUGACUUUCCACCGGACUCAGCAGGAUGACAGCCAGGGCCAAACGCACGCACGUCCCAUCAGGGACACCAGCAGCUCCUCCGGCACCACCAGGGCCUUUCACGGGCCCAGCUUCACUCCCUGCAAGACCCCCCUUACUCCCGUCGAGCACAAGGUUCUGGAUGACAACACGCAUGAGACAGGGUUUAACGGUGAUGAUGGCUCCUAUGUUAUUCUCACAUGGGUGGGCGAUGGCACAGGGGUCGUCCUGGUGCUGUCAACAUUUAGUGCUCCAAUAGAUUCUUUCAUCGAAGGCGGCUCCUCACGACUUUAUCGAAGCACGGAUUAUGCAAAAUCCUUCCACGACAUUUCCCAUCAGAUCAACAACACCUUCAUAAGGGAGGAGUUUGGAGUCAGUGUUGGACCGGGGAGCUCUGUGAUUCUGACAGCAGACAUUCCGGUGGUGGACAACGCAGGCGGGAUCAUCUUCACCUCCACUGAUGCCGGCGCGACCUUCAAGUUCAUCCAGCUGCCCUUUCACCUGGCUCAGCCAAUCACGUACCACUUCCUCAACCCUGACUACCUCGUGGCACUCAGCAUCGAUGGAGGUCUGUGGCUCUCUCUGGACUUUGGCGCCAAGUGGACAAAAGUUCACAAUGGAGUGCAUUCCUUCUCAUGGGGGGCUGGCAUAAAUUUGUUCUUCAGCUGCAGUCGAACAGACGCAGUUGAGGCAGAUGAGAGAGGGGAUUUAGUGCUGAAGAGGACAACAGAUCUGGGGAAGACCUUCACCACGAUCCAUGAGGACAUCUACAGUUUUGGCUACAUAGGAGCCUUUCUCUUCUUCUCUGUGAUGGAGGAUUCGAGAUCCCCUCGUGUCAUGUAUUUCUCAUCAGACCAAGGAGAGACCUUCAGUCGAACUCUGCUUCCUUCUGCCUCCACUGAGCAGUUCUACUCCAUCCUGGAUGGAGAUGAAGAUAUGCUCUUCUUGCAUGUGGACAACCCAGGAGACACCUUCUUUGGAACCAUGUACACAUCAGAUGACCGAGGCAUCUUGUUCUCCAAAUCACUGGAGCGCCACCUGUUUGACGGGCAGAGGAAGAGCGAUUUCACCAACAUAACGUCACUGAGAGGAGUCUACCUCACUAAUAAACUAGACGAGGAUGGCCGUAUAAGAUCUGUCAUUUCCUUUAAUAGAGGAGGGACGUGGAGACAGCUUAACAAACCUGAGAAUGUGGAAUGUGGAGAGCAAGGCAAAAAAUGCAACCUUCAUAUUCACGGAGAGCACAGUCGCAACAUCCGCAUCGUUCCCAUGCUGGCUCUGUCUGAGCCAACUGCUAUCGGUCUGGUUAUCGCUCAUGGUACUGUGGGGGACUCUCUCUCGUCGUCCCAGCACCCAGAUGUGUUUGUCUCCUCAGACGGGGGUUAUAACUGGAGGGGGACACUGAGAGGUCCUCACCACUACAGCAUAUUGGACUCUGGGGGUCUCAUUGUGGCCGUGGAGGCCCAGCGUGAAGGACAAGUCAAGAAUAUCAAGUUCUCCACAGACGAGGGUCAGUGCUGGAAGUCCUACAACUUCACGGUGCAGCCCUUCUACUUCGCAGGCCUGGCGUCCGAGCCGGGGACCAAGGCCAUGAACGUCAGCGUGUGGGGCUUCCGUCCCGAGGAAGACGGCCAGCCCAUGUGGGUGGCCGUCACCAUUGAUUUCCAGAGCCUCAUCACAAGAGAGUGUAAUGACGAGGACUAUGAAGAGUGGUUGGCUCAUGCUACAGAUGGAGGAGACUUGAAUAGAAACGGCUGUCUCUUGGGUGUCAAAGAGACCUACAGGAGGCUAAAGAAACAGUCUGUGUGCAGAAAUGGCCGAGGCUUCGUGGUGAGCAAGAAGCAAAGCUCCUGCCUGUGCACCAGAGGAGACUACUUAUGCGACUACGGUUAUUAUCGUCAUGUGAACACCUCAGAGUGUGUGAGACAACACAGCGCUGCUAAUAAAACCUUGGAGCUCUGUCUGAAUGGAGAGGAGGAUGAGUUGCUGACAGCGGGGUACCGUAAGGUCCCCAGUGAUCGGUGUGAGGGGGGGUUCAGUCCACAGCUCGCAGUACAGACAGUCAUCAGACCCUGUGGUUUAAAAACCAGCCCCGGUCCACCUGCCGGGUCCUCUUCUCCAGUCACGCACUUUGACACACCGCGAGAGAGGCUGGUGUUGAUCCUGGUGUGUGCAGGAGCAGGGGUCAUCGUCCUGAUAGCUAUCGUUUCAGCCAUCUUUGCCGUCAGAAGGGUGGUUUACAGAAACAGGUCACCAACGUAUCGUUUCUCCAACCUCCGGAUUACGGAUGAAUACAACGGCAUCACUGCUGACCUUGAAAGCGCCACCAGCAGCAACGGCACGGCCUGCCAGCCAGAAUCAGAUGAUGAUCUUAUUGAAUGACACAAUGCUAUGGAUAUACUGAGUAUUCAUGAUUGGGAUCAGCUGUGCUGAAAAAGACUGCCAAAGGCAUUUUGUUGGACUUAUCCCUGAUAUUUUGAUGGGAGCACCCUGCGUGGCAAGUUCUGAGGAUUCAACAGACGAACAUGAGAAUGUCUAAUUUAUUGAGCUACCUUAAUUUCAUUGCGUUACUUUGCUUACUCUUUGAUUUAUUUGUACAUAUAUAUUUUUUUUAUUUUAAUGUAGUUGCCACCUUUUUACUUUCUCUUCAAUGUGAAAACAAAACAAG